UUGGCCAAUGAUUGAUGACGAGAGCAUCACUAGCAAGAUUGAUUAUAACAGUUGUCACGUAAUAUUUAUGGGGUAAAUAGCCACCAUCAAUCAGUAUCAUUUAUUUAGGGUGAUACGAGUAAAAUAAAUAAAUAAAAUAAAAAAUAAAUAGAGCAUAUAGAAGUCAGCAGGAAAGAAGACAUUAGAGAUUGAUUGUUAGAAAAAUGAUGAAAAAAAUAUAAAAAAAAACGUAAGUGUAGUGACAAGCUAUCUCUUGGAAGCAGAUGCAGAUCGAAUCGCACAUAGCAGUUCGAGGACCUGCGCGUGCUGGUACAUCGGCUUGCGCGUUGAUCAUCUACCCAAGUUGAUAAAGCUCCGAGAGGAACUCACUCGCUGUCCUGACGGCAGUGCAGCGGGCCAGUUUGACAUCACACGACGUAUCAGAUCAGUUACGUGUGACUCUCACGUCGUCAUCGUCGUUGUUAUACAUUAUUAUAAAGUUCGCGCCUGUGUAAGCUAGUUGAUCAAACAUUAGCCAAGUACCAACACCCUCGGGCUAAUUUAACCCUUGACUACUGCUAAUAAGGUUAUUAAUAAAUAAGUGAGGCGCAAUAAUUGACAUUAUGAGUCAAGAAACCGGAGAAAUACCUUCGGUAGUGGAGUUAAAUGUGGGUGGAGUCUUUUACACGACAUCAUUGUCGACUCUUACGAAGGAGAGUGACUCUCAGCUAUCGGCAAUAUUUACGGGCAAAACACCAGUUGAAAAAGACGCCAAAGGAAAGUAUUUUCUUGACCGCGACGGCGUCCUAUUUCGUUAUGUAUUGGAUUUCCUGCGUAAUGAAGCAUUGGCAUUGCCCGAGGGCUUCCGUGAACGUGAACGACUACGAAGGGAAGCGGUUUAUUAUGGACUUCCUGGACUGGAGAAAGCCGUGCAGGAAGCGAACGCUGAAGGAUGCGCUACCACAAGGUCAUUGUGCGGUAGACGCGGGGUCGGCUACAUUACUGUGGGCUACCGCGGCAGCUUUGCAUUUGGACGCGAUGGACUCGCUGACGUUAAAUUCCGUAAGCUGUCGAGAAUCCUUGUUUGCGGACGCGUCGCACUGUGCAGAGAUGUCUUUGGCGAGACGUUGAAUGAAAGCCGAGACCCAGAUCACGGAUUAUCCGAUAGAUACACCUCGAGAUUCUUCCUCAAACACAGCUUUAUCGAGCAGGCCUUUGAUAUGCUGCAGGAACAGGGAUUUAAGCUUGUCGCGAGCUGCGGUUCUGGAACCGCUGGAAGUCAAACGGAGCAGCUUAAACCUGGUGUUGACUCUGAGGAGAAUCGCUGGAAUCAUUACAAUGAGUUUGUAUUUGUGCGCGAGUAGAUGUCACAUUUACAUUUCAAAGACACCCAUACAAACUUAUUUACCAACACACACUCACCCACACACACGUACAUACAUGACAUCAAUACAUCUCACACUGGUUUUAAAAUAACAUGAUGAUGAUUUAGAAUCGCCUAUUACACAUUAUAAAAAGUACACUCUGUAGAUCAUCUUCAUCGUAACAAGAAUCUUCCAAUUUUAAAUUCAAUAAUUCUUCGUGAUAAUUGAACUGAUAUAGAUGGGAUCAUUAUUGUGGUAGAUUCAAACUCAUUUAUGGUUUGGAUUUGCCUCUGUAAUUUUUGUUGUUGUUUAUGUAUUAUAUUAUAUAUUAUAUAUUAUAUAUAUAUCUAAAAAAAGUAUAUAUAUUAUAUAGACUAGGCUUUGGAUUAUUUUUUCCAAGUCUAAUUAUAUUUAAAUUUAAUUAAUAAUUAAUAUUAUUUUAAAAUCUAUUCUCUUUAAAAAAAAAAAAUAAAUAAAACUAAUGUACUUAAUAAUUGACAAAUGCAGAUAAUCAACAGCAAUCAAAUGUUCUAAAGCAAAUUCAUAUAAAAUAAUAAUUAUAAUUAUUAAUUGAUGUUACGCAUAAAUUGUAAUGACAUUUAUUUGUUUCACUGAAAAUGGGAACAUUUAAAAAAAAAAAAAAAACGUUUUUACUGUAUGAUUGUGUAGAGAUCUGUUGAAUUUUUUACGGCUCUGAGUCGUGUCAUUUGACAAAAUCAUAGUCUGGCUUAAUCAUCACAUAUCUUAAUUAAAAAACGAAAAAAAUAAUAAUUAAAAGUAUGAGAAAAAUAAAAUAUUAAUUAAAAAAAAAUAAUAAUAAUAAAGGCCAGUGUGUUUAAAAAUAACAAAGUCACUGGACAAUCACAUUGAUAAUAAUUAAAAAGCGUAUGUAAUUCAUACUCUAAAUAGGAAGAUGAGCAGGGUAGUAGUUAUGAAAAGGUCAUAGAAGAGAGAAGGGAUAAAUCCUUUUGUCUCAGAAAACUACGGUAAACUAACGUUGAAUGCCAUAUUACAAAGAGUUUAAUCGAUUGUAAGGCAGAAAUAGUUUUUAAAAAUUUAAUGUGACUUAUAAAGUCAUAAAAUAAAUAAUAAAAUUUAAAUAAACUAAAACUACAAACUUAAAAAAUAAACUAAAAAAAUUAAAUGUAGACUACGGGUUCUUCAAAGCCAAAAUGAUAAUAUAUAUGUAUAAUUAGAUUUAAUGACUUAAAAAUCUUCAGAAUAUAUUUAAUCGAAAAAAUAAUUAUUUCAUUUUA